AUGCCGGUUAUCUGCGGUGUGUGCGGUUCCGAAUGUAGCAGUGAAAAUGAAUCGAUUAAAUGUGUUGGAUUCUGCCAGAAUGUUUUCCACCUAGCCUGUAUUUCUGAAGAAAAUCAGGACUCUAUUAAAACUCGAGGUGCGAAAAGGGAUUGGCAGUGCGCUGUUUGCAGACCUGUCAAGUCUACAUCAAUAGCAAGUAGUAGAUCUACUCCAGCAACCCCUGUCACUAAAGAAUUUCUAAUACAAACUUUGGAGGCAUUUAAAUCUGAGAUGUUUGUAGAGUUGAGGCGUAAUGCUAAGGAGUUCACCGAGUUUCGUACCUCUCUAGAUUUUUUCUCUGAGAAAAUUUACAAGAGCAAUGAGUUGAUGGAGGAGUUAAAGCUAGCCUGUAAUAAACAGAAAAAGGAAAUGGAAGAAAUAAAAGAAGAAAACAGAGUCCUUAAGAAAUCCGUUGCCACUUUGGAACAAAGAUUAAGAAAUAUGGAGCAGUAUUCUAGACAGACCAACGUUGAAAUUAACGGUGUCCCAGAAACAAACGGAGAGCAUAUGGAGGAGUUGCUAAAGGAUGUUGCGAGCUCAAUCGGUCUGGAACUGAAGAAGGAGAGGGUGAUCGCAGCUCACAGGGUGCCAACAUUCAGCCGAAACAGAACACCGCCGAUCAUCGUGAAGUUCACGACGAGGCAGGACCGGGAUGACUGGCUCCAAGCCUUCAAGGAGGUACGACCAAUAACGGCGGACAAGAUCAAUCGGCACUUCAAGAAGGACAAGAUCUUCAUAAACGAGCACCUGUCACCUGAAAAUAAACAGCUUCUAGGCAGAGUCAAGGAGGCAGCACGGUCCAAGGGAUACAAGUAUGUGUGGAGCAGGGAGGGAAAGAUUUUUGUGAGGAGGGAAAAUGGAGAGAAGUGCAUCAGGAUCGAUGUUUCGGACGACUUGGGGAAGCUGUAA